AUGCUGCGAACAAAAACUACAAUUGAUAAAAGCAUUCAAUUGUUGAUUGAUACUGAAAGAGAACAUUGGAGACAUAUAUUAACAAGGAUAAUCGCUAUUGUGAAAAGACUUGCGAAAAAUACAUUUCCAUUUCGAGGAGAUGAUGAGAGACUACAUGUUGAGAAUAAUGACCUAUUUUUACAAAUGGUGGAAAUGGUUAGUAAAUUUGAUCUAGUAAUACAAGAGCACCUUCGGUGGGCUAAAGCAAGAGAGAUUCAAUAUACGUAUCUUGGCAAAAAAAUUCAAAAUGAGUUGAUACAAUUGUUGGCUAAUGAGGUGAGAAGUUCAAUUGUCAAGAAAGUUAAACAUGCAAAAUAUUUCGAAGUUAUGCUAGAUUGUAAUCCAGAUGAUUCGGCAAAAUUACCUACAGUUGAAGAACAUUGGCUAGAAUUUUUGAAGGUAGAUGACACAAUAGGACUUGGAGUUGCAAUCGAGUUUCAAAAGGCUUUGAUAAAACUUGAUCUCGAUAUUGAUGACAUUAGAAGGCAAGGGUAUGACAAUGAAUCUAACAUGAGAGGGAAGAACAAAGAAUGUAAUGAAGAUCCUAAAGUGAAGAGUGAAGCUGAGUCGUUAGCAAUACAUGAACUUCAAAUUUUUGAGUUUUUGCUUGGCAUGAUAAUCUGGAAAACACAUAAUUUGAAGAAAAAAUUUGAUGAAAGUUGUAGUGAUGAGGUAAAGCAAUCAGCAGACGAAUCUUUUAGAGUUGAGUACUUUGUUUUUAUAAUUGAUCAAGCUCUAUCUUCUCUGAGAACCCGAUUUGAAUAA